CAUUGCCGACAGAAGGGAAGUGCGUUUGCGAGGAUGAGCGCGAUCAGACACGUGCGACAAAAACCCCGUAACGGUUGAAUAUGAGCCUGGAUAUACUGUAUGAGGAGACCUGCUGUCCAUCACCUGUGCUCUUACUUCCUUCUGUCUGUUCUCUCGUUAUUCGUGUCAGUUUUUGUUAAGUACCUACUGCGAGCUGGCCUCGUGCACCUAUCCAUUUUAUCAGCCCCACAAACUUUUUGGACUAUAUUUUAUAUAUGUUUUUUGGUUGAAAUUCCUCUCAUUGGGAUGCUUCAAAAAGUAAUCGCUAAAAUAUUUAAGAACUGGCUACUUACAUACUUUGGGGGGUUGUGGGGGAUUGUAGCCUACAGUAUGCUUGUGCGUUGCUAAGGGAAACUGUCGCCUGAAGAACGUCCUCUGUUCGUUUUGUACUUGGGUAAAACUAGUCUUAAGUCCAUAUUUAAAUUGAUGCGCAACCGUUGUGACGUUUCCGUCGUUCUAAUAAACGCAUCACCGUAAUACACAUUGCAAUCACGAUACAUUUCUCUCAAAGUGACAAGUUAACAGGUUAACAUCAUAUAUAUUCGAUCGAAAGAUAUGAAGCCCCGUUUAGGGAACUGUGCAUCACUCGAGGCGGGAAGAGCAUCGAUUUUAUCUUGCAUGACCUCCCUGGAAGAUGUAUGAUGCAUUCGAAAUUUGUUAUGUAGUCUGUCUCUUGUACGUCAAAGUAUUGGCACACAUUCCGUCUUUCGGAAAUGAUUGCCAAGGGGUUUGUAGGUGUGUGGUAGCCUGUUGGCUGUAUGUGUGAGAUAGAACAGGCUUUGUCCUUUCGGUUCAUAGGCUACAUUCAAACGUCUUUUAAGAGCAUCCAAACCAAAUACGAUAUUAACAUGACUUUCUUUACGUGUCAGUGUUUUUUUUUUUUUUUUUUUUUAAAUAGGCGGUCGUUGUUCAAUGUGUGGAAUAGGCUGCUAAUAAGUUCUAGAGUAUGCGUGCGUCGAGCACAAAACGUGUAGUUUAAAUUUAUAAACACCUACACGACAAAUGCGAGUUAAAUAUGCGAUUGGUUUAACGCAAUGUGGCUGUAAUUAUCUCAGCAUUUGAAUACAGCCUGCAUUUGAGCCAGUGCAGCCCAUGCUUUGGUAAUUGAUUUCCAUUUUGGAUUAGUGUGCCCUUAGCAGGUCAUUUCUAUUCUAUGAUGGUACGGUGAUUGUUAUUGCCGUUCAAUGAAGAGUAGACGGAGGUGCAGUUUGUGUUGGUACGCUGGCUGCGCUAUCAUACAGCACCCCCCUCCCCCAAAUCGCACUCGCUUGUACAGCAUGAUCACGAAAGCUGGGCUGAGCGAAUACUUUUAUAUUUGAGAUAAAGAACCUUUUCCUAAGCGUCCCGAAUGAUCUUCGGCAGACUGGUCUGUGCUAUUCGCGCCGUCCUCCCUUCUAGAUUUCCAUCUGUAUUUAUUUUUUCCAUCUGACCCGGCGCUGUACACGGACCGUGCUUUCUUCUCCUGCAAAUAGGAGGUCAGGAGAAAUCGUUGUGCUCUAAGGCUUGUGCGAGGGUGAAUCAAUUUGAGAGAGAGAGAGAGAGAGAGAGGGAGAGAGAGAGAGGACAUCGACUCUACGCAGCUGCUGUUGGAAGCGUACAAGAGGAAAAAAGAGAACAAACAGCCACUUCAGACAUGGGAUGUUGCCCGACGCAGUCGUCGUUCUCGGGAAUCAACAAUUCAUUUCGUUAAUGUUGCUCAAGGUGUACAUUUAAGCUGUGAACGACGGCCUGUCAAAGAAAUGCGGAGUAUAAGGCGGAAGUUGGGGACUGGGGCCUAUACCAAAUAAAUGAGCUGUGCAGCUGCUGCAGGAGAAUUGGUAGGCCCCAGAUCCUCAGGCUGGAGUGAUGGAGCUGCCCAGGUCUGAGCACCGUGGAGCGGGGUGCCGAGCGGUGGCAGGCCCUGCCGAGGAGCCGGGGACGGGCAAGAUGUAACAAGCGUUUUCUUCUCGAACGCACAACUUGGAUCCAGAAGAAAGGGAAAGUGACAAGAAAACAGAAACAUUCAGUCUUUAUGCAUGUGUAUCUAAGUGUAAAAAAAAAUCUAAGCAAGAAAGGAAAGAAGAGAAAGGAAGAAGGAAAAAUUACUUUUUUUAAAUGAAACGUUUAAUGAGGCCAUGUCGUCCGAGUAGCUGAAUCGGUUAAAAAAAGAAAGAAAAGAAAAAAAGUGAAAGCUGCAUCUGUCUGGAAUUACCUCCACUCACUUGGAAAAGGGGAGGGUCAUGACCCAGUUGCCAUGCGCUUUGCCACGGUGACCGGCCUCCCCAGCCCCUCCCCCCUUCUCCUCCUAUUGGCCCAGCUGCUGUUGCGGCUCCUCCUCCUCCCUGGGCCCGGAUUGGCUGGGGCGGCCUCGUCCUGUCCCGCCCUCUGCAGCUGCUCAAAUCAAGCCAGCCGGGUGAUUUGCACCCGGCGGAACUUGGAAGAGGUGCCGGAAAGCAUAUCCGUCAACACGCGAUACCUCAACCUUCAGGAAAAUUCCAUACAGGUGAUCAAGUCCGACACCUUCAAGCACCUGAGGCACCUGGAGAUCCUGCAGCUCUCCAAGAACCACAUCCGGCAGAUCGAGGUGGGCGCCUUCAAUGGCCUCCCAAACCUCAACACCCUGGAGCUGUUCGACAACCGGCUCACCCUGGUGCCCUCGCAGGCCUUCGAGUACCUGAGCAAGCUGAGGGAGCUCUGGCUGCGCAACAACCCCAUCGAGACGCUCCCGGGCUACGCCUUCCACCGCGUGCCCUCGCUCCGCCGCCUGGACCUGGGCGAGCUCAAGAAGCUGGACUACAUCUCCGACGCGGCCUUCGUGGGCCUCAUCAACCUGCGCUACCUCAACCUGGGCAUGUGCGGGCUGAAGGACAUCCCCAACCUGACGGCGCUGGUGCGGCUGGAGGAGCUGGAGCUCUCGGGGAACCAGCUGAGGAUCAUCCGGCCGGGAUCCUUCCAGGGCCUGGUGUCGCUGCGCAAGCUCUGGCUCAUGCACUCGCAGGUGGCCGUCAUCGAGCGCAACGCCUUCGACGACCUCAAGAACCUGGAGGAGCUCAACCUGUCCCACAACUCCCUCCACUCGCUCCCGCACGACCUCUUCACCCCGCUGCACCAGCUGGAGAGGGUCCACCUCAACCACAACCACUGGGUGUGCAACUGCGACGUGCUGUGGCUCAGCUGGUGGCUGAAGGAGACGGUGCCCAGCAACACCACCUGCUGCGCCCGCUGCCACGCGCCGCCCGUCCUGAAGGGCCGCUACAUCGGGGAGCUGGACCAGAGCCACUUCACCUGCUACGCCCCCGUCAUCGUGGAGCCCCCGACCGACCUCAACGUGACGGAGGGCAUGGCCGCGGAGCUGAAGUGCCGGACGGGCACCUCCAUGACCUCGGUCAACUGGAUCACGCCCAACGGCACCCUGAUGACCCACGGGUCCUACAGGGUGCGCAUCUCCGUCCUCCACGACGGCACCCUCAACUUCACCAACGUCACCCUCCGGGACACGGGCCAGUACACCUGCAUGGUGACCAACUCGGCCGGCAACACCACGGCGACGGCCGUGCUCAACGUGUCGGCCGCCGACGUCAGCAUCAACUACACCUACUUCACCACCGUCACCGUGGAGACGGUGGAGAACGGCGAGGGGAACGCCCCGCGUUCGGAGAACGAGACCUACGUCCACAUCCUGGGCCCCACGCCACCGGGGGAGAUCUGGGGCGGGGGGACGACCCUGGCCACGACCUCGGCGUCCGUCUCUGCCUCCUGGCUGUCCCCCCGAGCGACGAAGCCGCCCGACUGGGCCUUCACCGUGCCCGUGACGGACGUCACCGACGUCUCCGGCCUGGACGACGUGAUGAAGACCACCAAGAUCAUCAUCGGCUGCUUCGUGGCCAUCACCUUCAUGGCGGCCGUGAUGCUGGUGGUCUUCUACAAGCUGAGGAAGCAGCACCAGCUGCACAAGCACCACGGGCCCGCCCGCGCCAUCGAGAUCAUCAACGUGGAGGACGAGAUCGGCGCCGGGGCCGGGGGGGGCACCGGGCGCGGGAGUGGAAUUUCGGGGGGUUCCACCAUCCACUCCGGGGGCGGCGUCGGAGGGGGGCAGAGCUUAAGGCUGCACCACCCAGAGAUCGUCAACCUCCCCAACCUGGCCCGGGCAGAGCACCUGAACCAUUACUACAAAACGCACCACUUCAACAACAACAUGAUGGGCGUCGGCAUGGGAACGGGCUCCGGGAUGGGGGGCGGAGUCCUCAACAACAACAACAACCCCUCCUCCUCCCUGUCCCAGCCCACCUCAGCCGUCCCCGUUUCCUGCACCCCGCUCCCCAUUUCCUCCUCGUCCGGGAACAGCCACGGCUUCGGCCCCAGCUCCAUGUCCCCGCUCCCCCUCCCCCCACUGGGAAUACACGGAUCUCUCAAGGGCUUGAUGGGGAAGAGCCAGAACCCUCAGAUCGAACCGCUCCUCUUCAAGAGCGGCUCCAAGGAAAACGUCCAGGAGACGCAAAUCUGAGGCAGGCGGGGGGCUAGCGAGCGUGACCGCCGCACCUCCGAUCCCCCCCCCCCACCCACCCACCCCACCCACGGCA